AUGAGGAUGCUGGCACCCACUGCUCUGGCUGGGUGGAUGCUGAGUGUGUUCAGGCAGCCGCUGGGCUCUCUGUGGGGCAGCCUGGCCUCCCUGCUCUGCUGGCUGAAAGCAGCAUUCUGGUGGCCAGCUGCAGAGAAGGGACAGCAGCAGGUUCCCAGGGGACUGGAAGAGAGCCAGGAGGCGGAGGAGGAGGUCUGUACGAUUCCUACCAGUGUCAACUACCACUUCACUCGGCAGUGCAACUACAAGUGUGGGUUCUGCUUCCACACGGCCAAGACAUCCUUCGUUCUGCCCCUGGAGGAAGCCAAGAGAGGGUUGCUUUUGCUCAAGGAAGCCGGUAUGGAAAAGAUCAACUUUUCUGGUGGAGAGCCGUUUCUCCAGGACCGAGGAGAAUACCUGGGCAAGCUCGUGAAGUUUUGCAAAGCAGAGCUCGGUCUUCCCAGUGUCAGCAUCGUGAGCAACGGCAGCUUGAUCCGGGAGAGGUGGUUCCGGGACUAUGGGGAGUACCUGGACAUUCUUGCUGUCUCCUGUGACAGCUUUGAUGAGCAGGUCAAUGUCCUCAUCGGCCGGGGACAGGGAAAGAAGAACCACGUGGAAAGCUUGCAGAAACUCCAUAAGUGGUGUAAGGAGUAUAAGGUGGCCUUCAAGAUCAAUUCUGUGAUCAAUCGGUUCAACGUGGAAGAGGACAUGCGGGAACACAUCCAAGCGCUCAACCCUGUGCGCUGGAAGGUCUUCCAAUGCCUACUGAUUGAGGGGGAGAACUGUGGAGAAGAUGCUCUGAGAGAAGCGGAAAGAUUCGUCAUUAGUGAUGAAGAGUUCGAGGAAUUCUUGGAGCGCCACAAAGAGGUGUCCUGCUUGGUACCUGAGAGUAACCAGAAGAUGAAGGACUCCUAUCUCAUUCUGGAUGAAUAUAUGCGCUUCUUAAACUGCAGAAACGGACGCAAAGACCCUUCCAAGUCCAUCCUGGACGUCGGUGUGGAGCAGGCUAUAAAGUUCAGCGGGUUUGAUGAGAAGAUGUUCCUUAAGCGAGGAGGGAAAUACGUGUGGAGCAAGAAAGCCAUGAAGCUCGACUGGUGACCCACAAGGUGAUCGAGGGUGCCACCCACCUGCCAUAGACAGCCGUCCCCGCACUCGGCUCUGACCGUGGCCACGUGACUGCGGCUGGCGUGGCCCUGCCUUUUAAAAGCCCUAGAAGCAAGGGCUGGAAGGACUGUGAUGUGUAGUGUGUGCGUGGAUUUAUUUGAACAGAGCCAUUGUGCCGUGCAACAUUCUCAAGGAAUUCUGAACCUCUUAAAAUAGGACAUGGUCUGAGUCCAUGUAAGAAAAAGUCCCUUCUUUUUCUAUCCGGAAGAAAAAGUACCCCAAAGACUGCUAUGUAAUCAGCCCUCUUGUGGGGAAUCCAUCACCUGUAGGUCACUUAGGCGAGCUACGCAGGAGCUUACUGCCCGGAAAGCAGUCAGGGUCUAUAAUUAUUUCAAAAAAAAAAAGCAAAAAUCAUGGAUUUUUCUUUUUCUUUUUCUGGCUAGAGCAUGUUCAUUUAAUUCAGCUGCAGUUCCAGUGCUCGGCAGAAGAGGGAGCACAGAUGUACAAUUUCAUUAUUUGGUUCCAGAAAUCCAGCUUCACGUUUUCAGAACCCGCUGAGCGGAACCACUGAGAUGUGAUUUUGUUUUCAUAGAAAACAACAUCCCUACCUCAAGUUUUCAGGCUUUAUAGCUCAACUUGCAUGGGUUCGAGUGUUAUGCAAAAUAGGAUAGGUUUUUCUACUUUAUAUACUGUUACUUCUUUCAGGUUUGAAUUUAAGGGAGUUUAUUUGGCAGAAUUAUCGAACUAAAUGGGCUCUAGUUUAUUUUUACUGGCAUUUGUAAUGUAAUUGUUACAUAGACUAAAAAUUCAGUCAACCACGUGUGGCGCUGUGCAGUCCCGCA